AUGCGAGCUCCUGUUCUCGCGACUCCAACUGCUGCUCGUCGAAAUGUCGAAGCAAACGCGUUCGUGUCGGAUGGGGAUCGAGCCAUGAAGGCCUCCAAUGCUUCUGGGUUCGCCACGGGGACGCUCAUUGGGAAAGGCUCACUGGUGAACCCACGGCUCGCGACUUCAGCCAUCGAUGACAGCGGAUUCGUCCCAACCGAAAGGCACCUCUCCCACAGCGCCUCCCACGCCGAGAAAUUAGACAAGGAACCAAGGCGACUUUCCAUCGUCCCGAUCCUCCCCGACCCGGGAAACCCCGAAAGGGACGACAGCCUCCGUCCCAAGGACCCGAAGGGGGGGGAACAGUCGAACUGCAGCGCUGGGACCGAGCGGUCGACUCCGAUUCCUCCACCUGAACCGACGGAAAUGGAUCUGUACUACGACGACCUGAGUGAAUUCUGCACCAGCGUCAUCCUCCUGGCCAGGACGCUGGGCCUCCACCUCAACUUGAAGGAGCGAGACACCGACAGAAGAGAACAGCUCGCUCCAGAGUUCAUCCAAAUGAACCCACAGCACACGGUUCCAACCAUCGACGACGAUGGAUUCGUUUGCCGGGCAAUCCUCCGCUAUUUGGCUAGCAAAUUCGGAAAGGACGAUAGCCUUUAUCCCAAGGACCUGAAGGAGAGGGCCAUUGUGGAUGAAAGGUUGGACUUCGACGCUGGAACUCUCAGUGCUCGACUCCAAUUCCUCUACUUGUUCCUGACGGUGAAAGACGGAAAGAAGUGCCUGAAUGAGGCGGUGUUGAGCAAACUCGAAGAAGCCCUGGGAAUUCUCGACGUUUACAUAGAAAGAUCCGGAGGCUAUGUGGCUGGAAGUCGAUUAACGAUCGCCGACUUCGCAAUCGUCGCAACCGUCUCUGCCAUCGAGAUGAUGGAGUUGCUGGACGUCUCGAAGCACAAGCACGUGUGGGCAUGGCUGGCUGUGUGCAAGGCUCAAAUUGAGGGUUAUGAGGAACUUAACGGGUCCCAGGCUCCCAGGAACAAAGAGCACAGCGAGAUGGGCAUCGUCCUGUACUACGAGGAGCUGAGUCCCUUCUCAACCAGCGUGAGGCUCCUGGCCAGGGCCUUGAGCCUGGAACUCACUCUCAAGGAGAUCGACACCGACAAAGACGAAACGCUCACUCCAGAGUACCAGCAGAUGAACCCACAACACACAGUUCCGGCCUUGGACGACGACGGAUUCAUCUUAGCCGAAAGCCGUGCAAUCCUACGCUACCUGGCGAGCAAAUUCGGGAAGGACGAUAGCCUUUACCCCAAGGACCUGAAGAAAAGGGCGAUCGUGGAUCAGAGGUUGGACUUCGACUCUGGAACCUUGAGCGCCAGGCUCCUCUUCGCGCUCCUGUUUCCGGUUCUUAAAGAUGGAAAGAAGUCCCUGAACGACGAGGUGAUGGGCAAGCUCGAAGACGCCCUGAGAAUUCUGGACAUCUACAUCGAAAGAUCCGGCGGUUAUGCGGCCGGGAAUGGCCUGACCAUCGCCGACUUCGCUCUCGUUGCUCCCGUUUCUGCUGUCGAGAUGAUGGAGUUGUUGGAUUUGUGCAAGUAUAAGCACUUGUGGGCGUGGUUGUCGAAAUGCAAGGCCGAAAUGGACGGAUACGAGGAAUUGAACGGGAGUGAAAAGACUGCCAGCCAAAAAGAAUGGAUCAAAACGAUCUUGGGGUUCGGGAAGCAAAUGGAUUCCGCCAUAGAAGGGGAGAGACAAAAGCUCUCUCAGCUGAUGGUCUCGGUGUCUCAUCGCUUUGAGGAACUAGGAGCGCAAUGUACAGCGUUGAAGGGUGGCUUUAAUGGCCCAGAAGAGAAGCGAUUGCGAGAUGGUUCUUAUCUUCAAGUGGCCCCAUGCCGGUCGAAGGAUGACUCGGCGGUGGAGGCGAUCGUGGGAGCCCUGGACAUGGGCUAUCGGCACAUCGACACGGCGUACAUCUACCGGAACGAGGAGACCGUCGGGAAUGCCAUGACGAAAUGGAUCCAGAAAGGCGGAGGGGAACGAGAGGACCUUUUCAUCGUCACGAAGGUAUUCCGUUCUGAGAGCUUCAGAUCAUCGGCAUCAGAUGGGCUGGCACCCAUAGGAAAUCGCCCGGAUCGCGUGGAGCAUUACCUGAAGAAAAGUCUCGAGAACCUGAAGACUACCUACGUAGACCUCUACCUCAUCCACAACCCAUGCGGAAUGAAGGACCAAGGAAACGACGACGUCGUCCCCAGGACACCCGACGGGACAUUGGACAUCGAUCCUGAGACAGAUCUCGUCGCGCUUUGGAAGGCGAUGGAGGCUCAAGUGGAUGCGGGACGGACCAAGAGCAUCGGGAUCAGCAACUUCAACGAGGAGCAAAUCGAAAGGAUUCUCAAGUCCUGCCGCAUCAAACCAGCCAAUCACCAGGCAAGUGGAGGUAUAUCUGUAUUUUCAACAAAAGCCAUUGAGAGAAUUCUGUGCGAAGCAUGGAAUCACGAUUUGUGCAUACGCACCCCUGGGUUCACCUGGACGAAUCGAGCCCUUCAAGAUGAUGUCCGGCCUGAAGUAAGAACUCGCAAACGCAGCGUAUCGAGCCAGUGCAAGCAGAAAGGGUGGAAGUUGUACCUGAAUGUUCGACCCCGCCUUUACAGGGAUCUAUCAGGAGAAAACCCUCUGGAGAACGAAAAGGUGAAGGAAAUCGCCCGGAAGCAUCACGUGACACCUGCUCAGGUGCUUCUGAGACACCUGGCCCAGCAGGGAGUAGCUGUCAUCCCCAAAUCCACCAAUCCUGCGCGCAUUCAACUCAACUAUCAGGUGUUCAACUUCGAGCUGACGGAGGAAGAGAUGCAGACGCUGAAUGCUAUGGACAGGGGGAAGGAGGCGAGGAACUUCAAAUUCUACGACAUUUUCAAUGGAUCUUCCUCUCCCAUUCUUGCAAAACACAUCGUCUCCACCAGAUUAGAUUACGCGUAUUUACCAGUAAUUCAUCAGACACCCAAGGUCGGCCGUAAAAUGCGGCGCUGGUCCAACCUCGAGAGCAGCGAAGCCCAGCCGAUAAGAUUACACUUCCUCAUGAAGAAGCCGGGUCGCGCCUCCCCGUCACGUAGUCCUCCCUCGCCCCUCCCUCCGACCAUCCAGGUUAGUCUUCUCUCGAGUGCGCAUCGUAAGCAUUUUCGAAUCGAAGAAUCCGUGAUCAUGCCGAUCGACCUGUACUACGUGUUGCCGAGUCCCCCGUGCCGAAGCGUGAUGCUUCUGGCCAAGGAUCUGGGCGUGGAACUCAACCUGAAGCCCACCAAUCCCAUGUCUGGAGCUACCCGCACUCCGGAGUUCCUCAAGAUGAAUCCGCAGCAUACGAUCCCAACGAUGAACGACGGAGGAUUCUGCCUCUGGGAAAGCCGGGCCAUCCUGCGCUACCUCCACAAGAAGCACGGGAAGCACGACAAGCUGUAUCCCAAGGACGCGAAGCAGAGCGGGCUGGUGGACCAGAGAUUGGACUUCGACAUCAGCACGUUCUCGCCUGCUUACCUCGACAGCGUUGUACGGCGAUAUCGACUCUUAGAGGGAAAAAUUGCGCGACCAGUAUUCAUGGGCAAGACGAAGACGGUGAGCGAGGAGCAGAAGCAGAAGAUCCAGGAAGCGAUGGAGCUGCUGGACAAGUUCAUCGAGACGUCCGGAGGAUACGUGGCCGGGAAGCACCUCACCCUCGCCGACUACGCCCUCAUCGUCAUUGCCGCUUCGCUCGAGGCGACAGGAUUGGGAGACCCAAGCAAGUACAAGCACAUUCAGUCGUGGAUGGGGAAGUGCAAGAAGGAGAUGAAAGGCUACGAGGAGAUCAAUGCCGAGGGGGCGAAGCAGAUGGCUCAGUUCUUCCAGAGCAAGCUCGGCGACGCUACGACCAAAGUUUGAAUCCCUAUGAGCGAGCAUUGAAUAAAAUCUUGCAGAGGAAA